GAAAUGCCGGUUAUCUGCAUUUCCCUCCUCACGAGCUGUCACGCUGACAGCUAGAGAGGAGACGAGAGACGGUAAUUGGCAUCCCUCAGAGGGGACAUGUACACUGAUCAUCAGGGCACUGAUGAUCACCCCAGCAGUGCCACCUGUCAGUGUCCAUCAGUGUCAGCUGUCAGUGCUCAUCCAUGCCACCUGCCAGUGCCCAUCAGUGCCACAUCAAUGCCACAUUUCAGUGCCUACCAGUGCACAUCAAUGCCACAUAUCAGUGCCCAUCUGAGCUGCCUUUCAGUGUCACCCAUCAGUGCCAGUCAGUGCCACCUAUCAAUGCCAGUCAGUGCCACCUAUCAGUGCUGCCAGUCAGUGCCACCUAUCAGUGCCAGUCAGUGCGCCUAUCAGUGCCAGUCAGUGACACCUGUCAGUGUGCAUCAGUGCCUCCUAUCAGUGCUCGUCAGU